AUGGCUUUCGGGGAUGUUGCCCUGGGCUUCACUCCGCGACACCUGCACGCACUGUUCCGGCCCUGCUUUUGCAGCGUAUCCCUGCAAGACAUGCAUCGUUGCUUGCAAGGCCCUUUGGCCCGUUUUGGCGGAGCCUUCGAAAAGCUCCUCGGCAGGCCAGCUGAGGAAAUCCCAGAUGGACUUGUCUGUUUUACGGAUGGUUCAUUCACUCCUGCCAAGCCCACAGAGGGACCCAAAGGUGGUUGGGCAUGUGUCUUUUUUCGCAAGGAGACCGAGACAUGUGAUGUGUUCGCGGGAAGCAUCCCGGAAUGGCUGUGCCCACCGGAGGAUCUCUCGGCCUUCAAAGCAGAAUGCUGCGCUCUGAUUGUAGGGUGUUGGCUUGGUGCCUCAGUCGCUCAGGGUUCGCUUUUUCGCAUUUUCACGGACUGUCAGGCUGCCCGGUCGAUAGCGAAUGGCGAAGCGGUUGCCCACUCCGAGGGCAUAGCCUACACCCUCAGCAAUGUUUCCCGGUGUUGCCGCUCUGUCGCACAGGCGGCGCCGGAAAUUGUGUAUUCGCCGGGGCAUGCUGAUGUCCUGGGCAAUGAAAUAGCUGACAUAGCAGCUAAAGUAGCAGCCGAGGGAUUGCCUUUGGGCCAGCUUGUCUGGUGCCAAGAGUCUGGGCCUGACUGGUGGGCUGGACAUGGCGCCAAGUGGGCGUGGGCGUCAGUUGUCUGCGAUUGGGCACAUGGUGAUGAGGCCCUGCCCUCGCCUCUUGCAGAAGACAUCCGGAGCCACCGGCACAUGGGUGGUCUUGAUGCUGUGCAAGCUCUAGCACCAUUUUUGCCUGCCGUCAAUUGUGACACAGAGACGUCUGCCAGUGGCAAGCUGUGGAUCAGAUUUGUCUCUUACAAUGCACUAUCCCUGGCAGCUGACAGACGUGGCCCUGCCGAGGAAGGCUUGGCUUUCAAACCGGCGAAGCCUGCGAUGUUAGCGCAUCAACUCGAAACGGCUGGAGUGUUGUGUGCGGCUAUCCAGGAAGCAAGGACCGAAGAAGGGCAUUUGAGCACUGGUUCAUACCUGCGGUACUGUUCAGGAGGGCAGAAGGGCCACCUCGGCGUUGAACUCUGGUUCCAGCGUGGGGGCAUCCUCGCCACUUUCCCGCAUGAGGAACGGCAGCAGAUCCGUUUCGAAGCCAACAGGUUUGUUGUGCUUUUCCGUGACCCUCGGCGCCUAGGUGUUCUCUUCAAGCAGGGUAGUUUGCAGAUUGUUUUCGUUGCCCUGCAUGCCCCUCACCGUGGUACUUCCCCCGAUGAUCUUGCAACAUGGUGGCGAGCAACAGAAUCGUUGAUCUUCAAGGCUUCGAGUGGCAAAUUGCUUGUUGUUGGAGCUGAUUGCAAUGCAAGCUUGGGUUCGGUUGAGACCGAACACGUGUCCUCACAUGAUGCAGAAGAUCAGGAUCUAGCAGGCGACCUAUUGCAUUCGUGUUUGAAGAAGUGGGGAGUUUGGGCCCCUGCAACUUGGGCCCAUGUGCAUAAGGGGCCCUCGUGGACUUUUGUGCAACGCCGCAACGGAGCGCUCGCACGACCCGAUUUUGUGCUUCUCCCUCAGGAGUGGUCCGUGGGUCAGGUUACUACGUGGACAUGCCCGGACAUUGUAGCAGCAAAUAUGGUGCUGGACCACGUUGCAACAGUUGCCGAGGUUGAGGUGAUUUUGCAUUGUGCAGUGGGGUCGAGACGUGCCGUAAAACCGCGCAUUCAUGUGGCCGCUCUUGCAGAUCCGGCCAAUGGUGCCCGGAUACAGGCCAUUCUCGAGGCUGCCCCGCGACCUGACUGGUCAGUUUCGGCACACUCUCAUGUGGCCACCGUCACCUCUUACCUCCAAAAGGAACUCUCUGCUGCAUUUCCGCGUGUUGAGUGCGGCCCUUUGCACCCCUAUCUCACAGCCGAGGCAUGGGAUAUGCAGAAGCAAGUGGCUUGGUUGCGACGCAAAUGUGCCGGAGUCAAGAGCAUGCUGAGGCGCCAAACACUGUUUGCAGUUUUCGGGGCCUGGAAAGAGCAGCCGGGGUGUGCGGCUGAUGUGGUCUCAUCCCAAUGGUUGCGAGAAUAUCAGGUUGCUGAGGCCUUGUACGGUUUUAGGUUAGGACUUCUGUCGAAGGCACUUCGGGCACGGUGUAAGUCAGAUCGAGCUACGUAUAUGGCUGGUCUUGCUGACGCUGUGCAGGCCAAUCGGUCUGAUGCCUUUGGCGCUGUCAACAAGCUUCUUUGCCGACGCCGCAAGAAGCCCUUCGCACCGGCGGUCUUACCAGCGAUCCGUGACAAGGAGGGCAAGACAUGUGCCACUCCUGACAGCGCACGGCUCCGCUGGCGCGAGCACUUCAGCAGCUUGGAAGAUGGUGUCGUUACCUCCUGUGAAAAACUUCUCUCCGGAGCCCUCGCCGAUAACCAGCGACAGUGGCCUGAUCCGGACUCUAUCCUGGAGCUCCCGACGCCCCAGGAUUUGCAGCGCGCCCUUUCCACAGCUAAGCGAGGGAAAGCUAGCGGCCCUGACACUGUUCCAGGUGAACUCGGUAUUCUCUUCCCGGACGGUGUACAGCGCUUGAUUUUCCCUCUUGCCCUCAAGUUGGGGCUGCUUGGGGAGGAAAGUGUAGGCCACAAAGGAGGAUGCCUCACCUGGCUCUGGAAAGGGCGUGGCCCCAAAACAGCCUGUGAAUCAUAUCGGGGCAUAUUGUUGCUGUCAAGCUUGGGGAAAGCGAUACAUCGCGCGUAUCGCCCGCGCAUCCAGCAGCACUUCACACAGACAGCCCCCGCUCUGCAGCUUGGAGGCAGAAAAGGCUGCAGUGUUGUGUUCGGUUCGCACGCAAUGCGAACGUACAUGAGAUGGCAGGCAUCUUUGGGGAAUACGUCUGCAGUGGUUUUUGCGGACGUGUCCUCCGCCUACUAUUCCACGGUCCGAGACCUUGCCUCUAAGCAAAAUGAUGUACCGACUGAGACAGGUGCAGAAGAAGCAGCAGCAGCCCUGGACCUUCAGGCCCAACUACAACUUCCGAGUGCCAUGGAGCAGACCCAAGCCAGUCCAUGGCUUCGAGCUCUGACUGCAGAGCUCAACAAUGGGACCUUUAUGUGUUUGCAAGGUGACGACGAACCAAUCGCAACCCGCAGAGGUACGCGGCCUGGAUCUGCAUGGGCCGAUCUUACCUUUGGGGUAGUGAUGGCCAGGGUUCUGCGACUACGUGACAGUUGUAAAGUAGGCGUGUCAGGAGCGGCAAGUCCCCCACGUGUGCCCUGGGAUGGGCACCGCCACUGGGGGCCUUUGGACGCAUCCCGUGAGGAGAUAUGCCUCACGGACUUGAUCUGGGCAGAUGAUUUGUCCACAUGCUUGAACACCGGCUGUGCCGAAGAUGUUGGAAGGGCAGUCACUGUUGAGACGGCCUCUCUGGCUGAUGCCUUCGAGUCACAUGGUCUGCAACUCACAUUUGGGCCACGAAAAACCGCUGCCCUGGUUAGUUUGCGAGGACCCAGCUCUAAGAGAGUUGCUAGAGAGCUGUUUGGCGGGAAGUCAGAGCUCUGCAUUCUGCGGGAGCAUUCAGGUGCGGCUACCCUGCCUCUGAUCGACAGCUAUAAACAUCUGGGUGUUGUUCAGGCGAGAGAAGGCAAAAUCUGCAAGGAAGUUCGUGCGCGAAUUGCUGCAGCAUGGACAGCAUUUCGUGAUGGCAGAACCCGGAUUUUUCGAUGUCCUCGUCUGACUGUUGCACGAAGGGGUACGCUUCUGCGGACGCUUGUGGUCAGUAAGCUUGCCUUCGGUGCCGGGGCAUGGCCACCAUUGCAGCUAGGUACUAGACGUGCUUUUGCAGGUGCUCUGUUUUCUCUCUACAGAGCCACCCUUGGGCUUCGACACGAUGACAGUCAACACAUCACAUAUGCUGAGAUCUGUGCCCUGCUCUGUCUCCCGGAUUAUUCCACUAUUCUCCGGUUAGAACAGUUGCGUUACCCGCGCCAACUUUGCAGUGAUGCCCCUGAUGCCGUCUGGGCACUGGUACGUCAGGACGUACCCUUCCUGGAGCUCCUCAGGGAGGCCCUGGAUUGGAUUUAUGCCCGUGUGAAGACGACUUGCACUCUGGGUCACCCGAGAGACGACGUUCAGGGUUGGGCAGACCUGGCGUGUCACCGCCCCGCUGCAUACAAGGGACUUGUCAAAAGGGCACAAGGCCUUGAGCAAUGCCGCAUACAAUGUUGGGCUGCGCUACAGGCGCUACACCGCACGGUGUUGCACCUGAGUCAAGGUGAGAGCCUGCAACGUUCGACAGAUGCGGGAUCCUUCACCGAGGCUUGUUUGGUCUGUCGGAAAGGUUUCAUGAGCAGGUCAGCAUGGGCGAUGCACUCCUCAAAGAAGCACGGGUAUAGAAUUGCUGCGUCUACCCUGAUUGUCGGAGUUGAGAAGCCUCUCUGCACCGGAUGUGGCAAGCUUUUUGCGAAUGCCGCAAGGUUGAGGAGACACCUUUUACAUGCCGUUGACUGCCGGAAGCGAUGGGGCUCCUUUUGCCUUGAUGGGACUGCAGAGCAGAUAGGGCCACACCUCGUUGAGCCCCCCUUACCUUGCCAAGGGAUUAGGAGCGGUUUUAGCGAGGUCAGGGAUCCGGCCAGCUAUAACCGGGAUCUUCUCAAUGUCCUGUGUGGGCUCGCCCGGCCUAGUGCAGAGGACGUUUGGGAUGCCCUCGUUGCCUGCAUUGAGCCGCUGGAUGUGUUGCGGGAAACAUUGCGGAUUUGGGUGCAAGAGUGUGCAAGCGACAGCCAUGUUGCCGAGGUAGCUGCAGACGCCGAGCUCAUGCUUGACCCGGCCCUCUACCCUCUUCAAUCCCUUUUGUUUUGA